AGGAAACCUUCAAAGAAGUCCUCUCCUCCGAAACCCCUAAUCCCUAGCCUUCUGCUUCGGGACGGCACCCAGCAGCCCGCUCUCGUACUGCAGCGACUCCGCCGCCACCCUCAUCAGCGGCGGGGAAACACCGGCUCUCCCUAUUUCCCAAAUGUCAUCUUACGCUCGAUCGUACUCUUCAGAGUCCUAAGCGCCGUCGGCGCCUUCCCUGCCGGAAUCCUACCGCCAGCAACAACGAGAUCGCGGCGCCAACAGCCGAGUGGCUAUGGUGUUCACCAGAAUCAGCAGCAGCAACAGAAGUAUCGGCAGCAUCCGCAGUCGUAUGGGCAGGGCAGUUCUUCAUCGGGGUACUCGGGCUUCCCGCCGGGUACACAUCCUGAUGUGAUUCGGAGCUUUGAGAUGGUGGCUGUUGAUUGGAGUGGGUAUAUUGAUGAGAAGGAGCUGCAACGAGCUCUCUCUUCUAGAUAUCAGGCUUCUAUUUGUCAAACCUUAAUCGAAGUUUUGAAAAUGUUGGCUCAAUGGGGUUUCUUUUGUGAUUCAGGGCCUAAAGAAUUUGCAGCUCUCUGGAGUUUGUCUUGGCCAAUGGCGGGCCAUAUAUGA